GUUGUUGCCCCAACCAGGAUCACGAGCCUCUCUCCACCAACCUGUUACGUAUAUCGCGUUGUUCAAUCAAGGUGCACUCCCAAUGUGAGUCUGCAAACGGAUCUGGGGAUUGAACACACGUUCAAAACGGGCUCAGAGUGGAGGGAGCCGAAUGUGUCUGAUUGUGAAGCUCAUCCUUUCAAUAUAAACAAAAGUUUAAGUGCUUUUUUUCGAGAUCAACUUCUCGACGGAUGUACUCAAAAACACUGCAGCUAUAGAUUCAAGAUCAUCCUCGCCUGACGCUCUGAUCAGAUCAUCAAGAGUAAACAAGACGCGAUGUCGAUCAACAAAGGAACUCUGACCUUGGCCCGUUAUUUUGAUUCACGGUUUGUCUUAUCCCGAAGUGUUUCCACGGCCCAUGGAACGCUGAAGCAGAUAUUUCCCGACAAGAAGUUGACUAGCCAUGCGGAUUGGCACAAAUUUAGUGUAGAGCAGCCAGAAGAGUUUUGGGGAGGCGUGGCGCGGUCGAGCCUGAAAUGGAUGGUCCCAUUUCAAAAGGCCAUGAAUUGUGAUAUGAAGAAAGGGCAAUUCGAGUGGUUUCAAAAUGGCAAGAUCAACGCAUCAGUGAAUUGCAUUGACAGACACGUGGAGGUGGAUCCGGAGAGGAUUGCACUAAUUUGGGAAAAGGACGAACCAGGGACAGAGGAGAAAAUAACCUACAGGAGCCUCUUCCAAAUGACCAACCAGAUCGCCAAUCUACUUCGAAGACACAAUGUGAAAAAGGGUGACGUGGUAGCCCUGUACAUGCCCGUGUCUCCAUUGGCCGUGGCUUCCAUGUUGGCUUGUAGCAGAAUUGGAGCCAUCCACAACGUCAUCUUCGCGGGGUUUUCAGCUGAUGCAAUUGCCACGCGUGUUCAAGAUUGUAAUGCCGUGGUUUUGAUUACGGCUGAUGAAGGAGUUCGCGGUGGUAAAACCAUUCCUUUGAAACAAACUGUAGACAAGGCUCUUGGAAGAUGCCCAUCCGUCAAAAACGUGUUUGUCAUGAGGCGGACUGGAGCCGAGGUUCCAAUGGCGACCAACCAUUUCUACUUUCAAGACCUCAUGGAACAAGAAAAAUCCGAAUGUGCUCCUGAGUCGAUGCAAUCGGAGGACUCGCUAUUUCUUUUGUACACCUCUGGCAGCACGGGAAAGCCCAAAGGUUUAGUUCAUUCCACGGGCGGCUACUUGACCUACGCAGGAUUCACUCAUAAGACAGCCUUCAAUUAUCAAGUUGGAGACAUUUUUGGUUGUGUAGCUGAUAUUGGAUGGGUGACGGGACACACCUACGUGGUUUAUGGUCCCUUGUUGAACGGAGGAGCCUCUGUUCUCUUUGAAAGUACGCCUACCUAUCCGGACCCGGGGCGAUAUUGGGAAACAGUGGAACGUUUAAAAAUAUCCCAAUUUUACGGAGCGCCCACGGCUAUUCGAUUGCUUUUGCGUUACGAGGAGUCGUUUGUGAACAAAUACGACAGGUCCUCUCUUCAAACUCUUGGCUCCGUGGGAGAACCAAUCAACGUGGAAGCUUGGGAGUGGUUCAAUGACUUAGUCGGGGAAGGUCGAUGCGAUUUGGUGGACACAUGGUGGCAAUCAGAAACGGGUGGAAUUUGUCUAACGCCACGGCCUUCAGAAGAGGAAGCAGAAAUCCUUCCUGGAAAGCCAAUGAGACCCAUGUUUGGCAUCGAACCUACUCUUUUUGACGAAAAGGGUAAUGUUUUGACCGGUAAAGGAGAUUUGAACGGAUCGCUUUGCCUCAAAACCCCUUGGCCAGGAAUGGCUCGCACCAUCUUUGGAGACCACGAACGAUAUGUGAACACUUACUUUAAACCAUACCCCGGCUACUUUUUCACCGGCGAUGGAGGGCACAGAGACCCCAAGGGCUAUUGGCAAAUAACGGGUAGAAUGGAUGAUGUCAUCAAUGUGACUGGUCAUCGACUUGGUACGGCUGAAGUCGAGGAUGUCCUGGAUGAGCAUCAUGAUGUGGCGGAAGCGGCUGUGGUCGGUUUUCCUCAUCCCAUCAAAGGCGAAGGUGUGUACGCAUACGUUGUCUUGAAGGAACACGUGGACACAGAAAGGGAAGUGAUGCUAGGGCAACUUCGUGAAAUGGUGAAAAAAGGAAUCUCUGGAUUUGCCGUUCCCGAUCAUAUUCAGUUUUGCUCUGGCUUACCCAAGACCAGAUCUGGCAAAAUCAUGCGGCGAAUCUUACGCCAAGUGGCAGCAAAUAAUCAGGACAAUUUGGGGGAUAUUUCUACGCUCGCUGAUCCUGGCGUGGUAGAUGAAAUUGUGAAAAAUCACGAGGAGCUCCAGCAAUCCAACUGGGAAAAGAGUUGAGGUUUUCGAUCAAAAAUUGUAUUAUAUCAUUUUUGGCUAUAUAUCAAUCCAUCAUCACUUUCAAUCAAUAAAAUAGGUUUUCGGGAGUUCGGCUUUA